UAAGGGGGUAGGGAGGGGCGAGGUGGCAUGAGAAGUUGCAAGAGGCGAGCGGGGCUCUGCAUCUGCCCUCUGGCCGAGCGACAAUGGGGUGACCACCCUUUGCCCGAGAAGUCUGCAAGCGCGCCCCCUCCCCGGGCGGCGGGACCUGGAAGGCCGGGGCUGGGCGUGCCGCCGCCUGCCCGCCGCGCUGGCCGGCUGUGCCCUGGGGGCCGCGCGGGGUGGAGACGGGGCGGCGGGGGCGGGCGCCAGGCUCUGUUGCAGGUCCGCGCUCAGCCCUCGCCUGCCGAGCCUCGCGGAGGAGACGUCUCACCGCGCGCCCCCUGCUCCGCCUGGGUGGCCUCUGCCCAGGUCUCCAGGGACUCAGCGCUGCACGUGCCCGGCGGCGAGGCUGCAAGACGCAAGCUCGGGAAAGAAGGGUCUACGUGGCGAGCCCCCAUCUCCUCCUGGUCUGUCCGCCUCUCCACGUGCAGACCCUUGCAUUUGCUACAAUGCUCUCAUCCAGUGAUUUUGCAUCUGCUUCUUGGGAGCUCGUGGUCCGAGUUGAACGUCCAAAUGAAGAGGAACAGAAGGAAGUGACGCUGAGAGUGUCUGGAGACCUGCACAUUGGAGGAGUGAUGCUCAAGCUAGUGGAACAGAUCAACAUAUCCCAGGACUGGUCAGACUUUGCCCUUUGGUGGGAACAGAAGCACUGCUGGCUUCUGAAGACACACUGGACCCUGGACAAGUGUGGGGUCCAGGCAGAUGCGAAACUCCUCUUCACUCCUCAGCAUAAAAUGCUUCGCCUCCGCCUGCCCAACCUGAAGACGGUGCGACUUCGAGUCAGCUUCUCAGCUGUGGUCUUCCGAGCUGUCGGCGACAUCUGCAGAGCCCUGAAUAUUAGAAGAGCAGAAGAACUUUCCUUGUUAAAGCCUUCUGAUGAAUAUUUUAAAAAGAAGAAAAAAAAAGAAAAAAACAGUAAAGAGCCCAUAAUUGAAGAUAUUUUAAAUCUGGAGGUUUCUCCAACCAUUUCAGGUUCACCAGUAAAUCCUGGCUUAUACAGUAAAACCAUGACCCCAAUGUAUGACCCCAUCAGUGGAACACCAGCGUCUUCCACAAUGACUUGGUUCAGUGACAGUCCUUUGACUGAACAGAACUGUAGCAUCCUCGCAUUCAGCCAGCCCCCCCAGUCACCAGAAGUGCUUGCUGAUAUGUACCAGCCUCGAUCUCUGAUUGACAAAGCCAAGCUUAAUGCAGGUUGGCUAGACUCUUCACGUUCCCUCAUGGAACAAGGCAUCCAGGAGGAUGAGCAGCUGCUGUUACGAUUUAAAUACUACACUUUCUUUGACUUGAAUCCCAAAUAUGAUGCUGUCCGAAUAAACCAGCUCUAUGAACAAGCCAGAUGGGCCAUUCUCUUAGAAGAAAUCGACUGCACAGAAGAAGAAAUGUUGAUCUUUGCAGCACUACAGUAUCACAUUAGCAAACUGUCAUUGUCCACUGAAACACAGGAUUUUACAAAUGAGUCUGAGAUCGACGAAGUAGAAGCAGCACUUUCUAAUUUGGAAGUGACCCUGGAAGGCGGAAAAGCAGACAGCGCUUUGGAGGACAUUACUGAUAUCCCUAAACUUGCAGAUAAUCUCAAAUUAUUUAGGCCCAAGAAGCUAAUAUUAAAAGCUUUCAAACAAUAUUGGUUCGUCUUUAAAGACACAUCUAUAGCCUACUUUAAAAACAAGGAGCUUGAACAAGGAGAACCAGUAGAAAAACUAAAUCUUAGAGGCUGUGAAGUUGUGCCAGAUGUAAAUGUGGCAGGGAGAAAAUUUGGAAUCAAGUUACUGAUCCCGGUUGCUGAUGGGAUGAAUGAAGUGUAUCUGAGAUGUGACCACGAGACUCAAUAUGCCCAGUGGAUGGCUGCCUGCAUCUUGGCAUCGAAGGGCAAAACCAUGGCGGACAGCUCCUACCAGCCAGAAGUCCUCAACAUCCUUUCCUUUCUGAGGAUGAAAAACCGGAAUGCAGCAUCUCUGAUGGCUUCCGGCCUCGAAAACAUGGACAUGAACCCGGAGUGUUUUGUGUCACCUCGGUGUGCAAAAAAGCACAAGUCUAAACAGCUGGCAGCCCGCAUCCUGGAAGCCCACCAGAACGUGGCCCAGAUGCCCCUGGUCGAAGCCAAGCUGCGGUUCAUCCAGGCAUGGCAGUCCUUACCGGAAUUCGGCCUCACUUACUACCUUGUCAGAUUUAAAGGAAGCAAGAAAGAUGACAUUCUGGGAGUUUCAUAUAAUAGGUUGAUUAGAAUCGAUGCAAACAGUGGAAUUCCAAUUACAACAUGGAGAUUCACGAAUAUGAAACAGUGGAAUGUAAACUGGGAAAUCCGGCAGGUGGCCAUCGAGUUUGACCAGAACGUCUCCAUCGCGUUCACCUGCCUGAGCGCGGAUUGCAAAAUUGUGCAUGAGUACAUCGGGGGCUACAUUUUCCUGUCCACACGCUCCAAGGACCAGAAUGAGUCGCUCGAUGAGGACCUGUUCCACAAGUUGACCGGUGGUCAGGAGUGAGCAAGGCAGGCCUGCUGGGCCUACACAGAGGGCGGGCUUCGCUGGGUGCUGGGUCCACGGCCCAUCCCGUGUAUCCAUGCCAGACUGAGAGCAGUCAUCAUCACCGAACCCCCAGACCCUUGCCUCAUUUCAAACACCCUGCCCAGCACAUCCCUGUCCUCGUUUUGCCCGGUGCUACCAGGGCUGGAGGGGAACUCAGUUAAUAAUCUCUUCUGUCAGUGGGGUGGGGGAGGUCGGGGACACUGCUCUAAAGCCCAGCCUGUAGCUACAUUUCUGUGACCUGCAGGCCCUGCAGGUGUAUGACUAGAGGUUGUCCUUGUGCUGAUCUGCUUUGUUGCUAAAUCAGAGCAAAGACAAAGGUUCAAGGUACAUGUAGCAGAGAGAAAUCUUUUUUUUUUUAUUUUAUUGGAAUAUAGUUGACGUAUAAAGUUGUGUUGAUUUCAGGCAUACGGCAAAGUGAAUCAGUUAUACAUAUUCAUGUAUUCAGUCCUUCUCAGAUUCUAUUCCCAUAAGGUUAUUAUACAAUAUUGAAUAAGUUUCGCUGUGCUAUCAUGUUUAGCAGGGACAAAUCUUAUUCCAUACACUCAGGUAUGAAAAGAAAUAGCUUUCCUUAACAGAAAUAGCUUGUAACUCCUGCUGUGUGAAAAUGGCAAAGGGAGUCCACAUAUACACUCCUGUCCUAGAGGUCAAGGUUUUGGGGGGGGGGGGGUAAAGGUCUGGGGAAAGGUGGGGUUACCUGGUACCAGAUGGCAACAAGGGGCCAGGGUAGUGGCCCUCAGUGUCAUCAGUCCAGAGUGGCAUCUGCUGAGGUGACUGUUGACCCAUCUGGUCUUGGAUAUCGAUGCUCUUAGGUUACUGCCCCAUCCACAAGCCCAUCCCAUUCCUGGGGCUCUCUCAGCCACCUGUAGGUCCUUCUGGAAGAAAUAGUGACACCAGGAUUUAGGAAAACCCAUUCCUCAGACCCAUUCCAUGUCUAAACUACUACUCUGAGUUAGGGCUCAGGAAGAUGGGCCUAGUUCUCCCCAUAAAAGCCACCUCCUGGGAGUUCCCGUUGUAGCGCAGAGGCACCGAAUCCAACUAUCCAUGAGGAUUUGGGUUCGA